CACGAGAGGUCGUGCGGUUGAGUUUUCUCGAUUCGCAGUACCCGUUCACGGAGCCGUUUCCAACAUAACUGUAAAUCCGUCAAGUGAGGGAAGUGAUAGGCGCGUAUGGACCACGGCGCCGGAGCACGCGGAUACCGGUCGGAUAUCGAGUGUGUUUCGUUCACGAGUGACACUCCAAUCACAUAUCCAGGGGCCGAAUCGGUUGGCCCCUGUUUUUUUUUCCGGGAUGCCGGCGAACGUCUCGCGUGACCGGUAAAUCCAACAUUGGGAUUUUUGGCGAGAAAAACCUCUCUGCUGGUACAGAUUUGCUCGAUAAUCUCACUCAGAAUCCCGAGUUGAUCUUCACGCCGAUCCUCGUGGACGAUCGCUCGUCGGCGUGAGAAAGGACAGGUAAUGAUGAAUCAUUGCGAUCGAGACCACAACAGGUGGGUUUGAUAACGUACCUCGUGAUCUUUCGCUCACCGUUGUUCAUUGAGGACCCUCGAGUAUGACACUGUUGUGUACAAGUCCGUACUGACGCGUUUUGCUUUACUUGAGACGCGUUCUUGCUCGUUGUGCCGCGACUACGAUCUUGACUGCACCGCGGAACAAGAGAGCGGGUCGUUUACCACUUCGAUGUAGUGGUAGUGUAAAGUGACAACUUAGUGCAUCGCUCCCGACGUCAGGUCACGAUGCCAAAGAUCUUCCUGAUCAAGAACCGACUGCAUCAGCAGCAGUUGCGGUUAUCGGAAUUGCAACAUCUCGGCAAGAGCCCACCACCCGGUAGCGGCAAGGACAGCCCGCUUGGCAGCUCGGAGCCGCUGAGCCUCAUCGUUAACAAGGAUCAAUAUCGUGACAAGACUGAUGAAGACCGUGCAACAACCCCGGAAUCCUUUCGCAGCAGCAGUCCAGCUCCGUCGCCCUCGCCACCGCACCCGGCGAGCAAUGCGGCUAAUCCGCCGCCAAGAAGAUUCAUUUCCAGCAUCCUCGGUGGUGUUGUACCGUAUGGCAGCAAACACCACGUACCCACUCGGGCAGAGCGAAAGGAGUACAGCAGCCCACCUAUAGCCUCGGAUGACCCACCACAAUUUCUGUCCAAGGCAGAGAAAAUUGCACUCCCGAGGCCGCAGACACCGCCGAAAACACCUCGUGUCGAGCCACCUACAAGAGUUUCAGUCAUACAGAGGGUGCCGACUCAAAGCAAUUCAAGAAAGGAAGAAAAUAAAAUCGAAAUCGAAAGAAUUGGUCCGAUACAAACACCCGAGCCAGAACAGGAGCAGCCUAUAGAUUAUGCGGUACCGAAACGCAAGAAGGAGGAUGAGGAGAAGUGUCGCGAAGGCGCGAUGGCGUCGCGCAGCUCCAGCACCUCGAUCUCCAAGUCUCUGCUAGCCGUUAAACUCUCCGGGUCUCAGAUAGUGCAAGCGGCCGCGGGACAUGGUAGAUCCUCGAAUUCGGGUGGUUCUUCCGGCGGUGGUGGCGGUGCCGGCAAUUCCUCACCCUCGUCGAACGGCGGCGGCGGCGGCGGCGGCGCUAUGAUCGGUGGGGGAUGCGGUAACGGGGCAAUGAUUGGUAGCGGUGGUAGUGGUGGCGGUGGUGCUUUAGGCGGGGGUGCCGGGGCAGGCGGUAUGCCUCCCGGCGGAAACGGGGGCCGCGGUAACUACGGACCGAGUUCGCCACCGACAGGAUCCUUGCCGCCGUUCUAUGAAUCCCUGAAGGGUGGCAACAAUCUCGCCAACUUCGCCAACCAGUACAACAGCUCUCAAGGGAAUGCGUAUCUUACGCCGUUGACAGCCGUCGGGAUAGAAUGCGACACCGGUCAACAGGACAACUCUCAGCACACACAGUACAAUGCGCAGGAGGGCAAGCAAUACUCUCUCCUUCAGAAUGUCUGCGCGUCCUAUGGUCUGACAUUCAAGGAGGAGGAAGAGGAGCUGGCAAACUACAAAAUUCAGAAUGAUUUGCUGUCCGGCCAGUACGGCACCUACGAUGCCGAUACGAGCAUGAUGGUGGACAUGGUGACUGGUGCCAUGGUGGUAGAUCCGCUACAGUUCACCGCGGCAACCUUGACCUUCAACUCACCGUCCGAUCAUACGGCGCUCCUCGAGACUCUCAACGAUGCCGCGGAUCUCCUGUUGCCCAGGCUGCAGACUGAGGACGGCGGCAGCGAUCUCCUGGAGGAAUCGCUGCACUCGCCUGCCUCGACUGGCAGCAGCGGGAUCGGUCAGGAUUCUGGUCAGAUGACCACUCCCGUCGAGCCUAGCGUCGAUCCUUUCCCCGAGCAUAGCAUGGCCUUGACCAGGGGCUUUGACACGAGACACUAUACGACUUCGCAACACUUCAACGCGUCCAAGCUCGCAGGGUUGAGCUACGCGGCUGGUGAGACGAGCUAUCAAUCACUUCAAAAGGAACGUCCAGAGCUCGGGUUGCAUGUCAAUCAGAAUCACCAGCAUCAGCAGGAGCAGCAGCUUCAAAUUCAGGUACAGCUACAGCAGCAGAAGCAACAGACUACAUCGCCGCACCAGCAGCAGCAGCAGCAGCAGCAACAACAACAGCAACAACAUCAAAGUCUUCUGAGUCCCGGAUUAAAUUUCAACAAUGGUUUAGAGAUAGACUCCGGCAGCAGCGUAGGUGGAAGCUUACCCAGCCCUGGCACUGCAAGCUGUUCUCUGGACGGCGCCUCGACCGGCACCUCGCCAUCAUGCGGACUGGGAGAUCACGCGCAUAGUCCAGUUGUGUCACCUACUACAGUCGCAGCCCAAGCCGCUGGAUCCGUAAGCGAACCGCCGCUCUCACAACGGCUGGGUUUACCGAGCGAUUGUCAGCUAGAAUUUGUUAAUGGUGGUCAUGGCAUAAAGAAUCCUUUAGCCAUCGAGGGUCAGAGGCAGCCGACAACUACUCGAGAUGAAGAAAGAACUAAUCGCACUCCGCCUGGCAAGGACGACGAUCCCAGUCGCUUCACCUGCCGCGUGUGCAGCAAGAACUUCAGCCUUCAGCGGCUUCUCAAUCGUCACAUGAAGUGUCACAGUGAUGUGAAACGUUACUUGUGUACAUUCUGCGGGAAGGGCUUCAACGAUACAUUCGAUCUCAAGAGGCAUACGCGGACGCACACAGGAGUACGACCCUACAAGUGCUUCCUCUGCGAGAAGAGUUUCACGCAACGGUGCUCGCUGGAAAGUCACGGCCAGAAGGUUCACGGAGUUCAGCAUCAGUACGCGUAUAAGGAGCGACGUGCUAAGAUGUACGUCUGCGAGGAAUGCGGACAUACGACGCACGAGCCGGAGGUGCAUUAUCUUCACCUGAAGGAACAGCAUCCUUACAGUCCGGCAUUACUGAAGUUCUACGACAAACGGCAUUUUAAAUUCACCAAUAGUAACUUCGCCAAUAUGUUGCUCCAGGGUGGCCUGUUACAACGGGAAUCGCGGAAUACGGACAGCUGCGGCCUCGCGAAACAACGAGAGAUGGCCUCGAAGAGCAGCGACGCGGCGCAUCAACAGACCACGACCAGCUUCUAAAUCUGUCGAGAGCGAGAGUCCGAGUGAGAAAAAGGGAAAUAGAAAGAGAGAAAGAAGAAGAGAUUGAUGACGCGUGCGUUCUUCAAUCGGGAGUGACGUUUCGCGCGUAAAGUACCUGCAAGUGGCUCCCAUCGCGGUGACACUGGAAUAAACAUCCAAGUUCGACGACAGGAUCCAAUUGGGGGAUCGUGUGGGAUCUGACAGAACAAUUGGUUCCUGCCGCCUUAAAUUCACGAGUAGAGGAUGCGGAAGAUGAGAAGAGAAAGAGGCGAAAGAAGAAUAAGAGUAAGGAAAGAUCUUCGCGCGUAGCUACGAUGAUCGCAAUAUUUCUCUUAUAGGUUCUUGUCGAUAAGUGGGGACGAAAUAUGAUUAAGUUUGCGCGUUAUUGUUUUCUUCUUUUGAUUCAGAUAAAGAAAGACACUAUCGUUUUAUGAAGAAAAAAGAUAGAUGUUUGAAGAGAAGUUCGUAGCGUUAGUUUGCAGCAUUUGAAAUGCUGCUUUAUUAAUGAAACUUUAUUAAUAAUACGCUUCACAGUUUUGAUGGCAGCGCGUCGUCCAACGAUCGUUCUGUCAGAUGAAGAAAUUUUAACUUACGCGUUGCGACGCUAUAAAAUCUCGCUUCUACCCAUUCUAUUCGGAGACAGUGUCUCAAAUUUCUUUCUUAAGUAUUCUUAGGGCGUUUCUUCUUGUAGUUGCAUUUUUAGCUAAGUAACAGAUUUAAUUUAAAGAAAUCUUAGAACUGAUAUAAUGGUUUUACAGGAGGAUGCAUGGGACACAGACGCACAUAUGCGUAUGCAGACACACACAUAUACAUACUCUAUUACACACAAUCUCAAAUGUAGAUCUUAGGUGAUAAAUAUUAAUAUCGUGGACCAGAGGCGCGCGCGACAUCGAGCAGACCCAAAGACUCGGAUAGAACGUUUCAGGAAUGCCGAUCGUCCUCGGCGAGUGUGCCGAGGCGGGAAAGAGUGCGAUCACACGGAAGACUUUUUUUUUCUCAGAGAUGUACGGCGAGUUACGUUGCUUUUCGAUUCGAUGGGCGAAAUGGGGUUCUUGACGUCGCGAUCGCCAGGGGGUUCCUUCGAUCGCGGCCUUCGUCCUGAAGCCACCAUUGUCCUCGAUCGAUCAGGGCACCGGAAUCGAAGGGAUUCCGCGUCGCUCGAACGGGGCGAGAUCACGUCGACGAAGUGACUCUGCGCCGUACCAUCGUAGAAAUAGAGCUCAGCGCUACCGACGUCAUAGUAGAAUAAUCGUUGAGGGAUAAUUGAAACAAACGCUCUUCCGUGCCGUUAAUUUAAUCGAUUUUAUUUAAUUUUAUUAUUGAGAUUCAAUAAUAAAAUUUCAAUUUAUUAUUGAUUUUAAAAUUAAUUUUCGAUCUCGAGCGAGAUGUUCCAAGUUGAUAUUUAUUACAACAAAUUGAUACGCUAGUAUUAUUUUAGAUAAAACUUCUUAGUUUUUAUUAUCCUCACUUUUUAUUAUUUUUCUAAACGGCGGUAGUAUCUAUAUAUAUAUAUAUAUACACACACACACAUAUAUAUACAUACAUACAUAUAUAGAGUACUCGUGUAAGUUCCCAACCGAAGUGCACUUUGGGUAAUCUGUGAUAUGAUAAAAGUAACAAGAGAAUCCACUCGCUCCUCCACGCACUGGAUUUCGCUUUUCCGCUCUCUUACGCUUGUGGUUUUCUUCUUCUUCUUCUUAUUUUUUCAGGGUCAGGUAGAAGGGUAGGUAAGGGUAGAAGGAGAGCACGCAUCGUAUACACAUCUCACACAUGUUAUAUCCACACACACACACACACACACACACACACACAAAACGGGAUUUCGUGCAAUUCUAAGGUGGCAGUACUUGAUUCGGGCAAACGAUGUAUUCCGCUCGAUUCCUUUCGCUGCGGAUUUGCCCAUCGCGAGGAUAUAACACGGCUCGCGAGUUUUAAAACUUCGGGUGCUCAAAGACGGCGAGCGGCGCGAGCUAAUCUCGCGGGACCAGAAGAUUAACCCUUUGAAAUGCGAUUUGGUGGUCGCGACGCACAACUCUUUUAUCCUUUUUUUUACGUAACAUUUUUUAUCCGCCUGCCGGCUUCCAUCUCUGCGUCACGUUCGUUGGCAUGACAAUUGAGAAAUUGUAUCUUUAAACGAUAAGGCUAUCUACGUCUCCAUUACUUCAGAGUUUACUCUUGUAUUUAUUUGUACUAUAGGUCACAUAUUUUAUUAUAGAGUAACUGAUGUAUAUAUGUAUAUAGGCUUUUGUUUACUCUGGCAUGUGGUUCGAAAUGCGCUUGUCAAAGGGUUAAAAAGGGCCGCGUCGGCGAACACUAAAGCACAGUCCUUCAAUUUGCGGGCGAAACGCGAGAAGGUAGAAAGCGCUUUAUAAAUGCCCCGUGUGUCACUUAUUUUUAGAACUGAAUUUUUAGGAAAUUAACAAAAAUAAUAUAUAUUAUUUGUGGCUACGUAGUCUGCAAAUGUCUAUUUUCUAAGGAAUCUGAUGCAAGUUACACAAGUGAUAAACAAAGAAAAUUUCUUCUCUUUUUUUUUUUAUUAAUAGUUUAGUUUGAAACUGAAGGCGCACGAGACACCUUCUCUUCUGGCAAUGCAGUUUUUGGUAACUCCCUCAUAGUAAUUUCACACGAAGUCAAUGUUUCUGAUGAAUAAUAAUAUUUUUACUUUACCGUGUUUCUUAGGCUAUCGAUAGCCUUAAGUAGAAACUAUUGAAAAAUGUGCUCACUGUACAUGAUAAAAAAUUGCAAUUAUUAGGCUACCAAGAUUCCGACUGAAAAGAGCACCUUUUCUAUAAUCACUUAAUUAAGUAACGUUAAAAUUUUAUUGUAUAUUUAUGAGUGCAGGGAAAUUUAUUUAUGUUUGUAAGAUAAAAUUAGAUCCGUCAUCCUUGGCUCGUACGAAACCGCGCCCGCCCGACGCGCUGAGGAGGUUUGGUAAUCUCAAUCGAAUGAUGUAAAUAGGACUCUAGGCAAAGAUUAUUGAUAUAUUUAAUUCUCACAUUAUAUUCAUGUAUUCGUUCUCAAGCCCGCGGUUGCCUCGGCGCGGAUGUUGGUGUCCCGCCGUGAGACGCUCAUCCCUGUUGUAAAUAGUCUUCAUUCCGGCGGCGGAAACGGGUACCGGUUAGUCCGCGAUUAUUAGUAUCUUGCUUACGACAGUAAAGUACGUGACAACGUACUUGUACAGCGAACGCGCGAGGAUUGGAAAGAGAUAAGGAUCAGCACGGGUUUCCUGUACUUACAUCUUGGAGCAAAGUACUCGAAGAUAAUAGUACUUGUCACGCACUGUCGAUCACAAGUUAAAUACGUUGCGUAUUAUCAGUUUUAUUAUUAUUAUUAUUAACAUUAUAUUUUUAAACGAUAACGCUAUCUACGUUUUCAUUACUAUUUAAUUUACGCUCAGUAUUGUCGCAAGUAAUAGCACUUAGCUAUACAGUAAAUUCAUCUAUUUGACCAUCAACAUAAUUAUUAUCACCCUUUACUCCGUUGUUACUUCGAUAUUUGCAAAUGCUAAUUUUCUGCGGCGUUCAAUUUUUCAUCCCUAGUUAAUAAUCUGUCAUUAUUAUUAUAAUAUUUUUAUUAUAUCAUUAUUAUAUUAUCAUUACAUGCGCUAAAUAAUAAAUUUAAUUAUUGAUUUUAAAAUUAAUAUUAUAGAUAGUUCUACAUAUAUGCAGGAUAUACCUACAACCCGAUGCAGAGUGCUUCUUAAUUAUAUACGAAUACUUCAAUCUAGAGUCGAAGGUAAGAGAGAAAUAAUAAUAUAUGAGCAUAGAUGAUUUAGGCUGUAUCUUCAGAGUUGUAUUAAACUAGAGAAAAUAAGAUUAUUGUUACAUAUUCCAAAGUGUCAUUCGAAAUAACGUAUUACGAUUGUAAUUUAUAUCAAUGUUUUAAUUACAUUAUUUUAUUUCGAAUUGCAUUUUGAAAUAUAUCUAUAUUUGCUGAUUGAAGCAUUGACAUAUAAUUAAGAAUCGGUCUGUAAUAUUUAUCAGAUUGUCCGGUUCCAGAAGCGAUCUUAUUGCAGAACACACGAAAGACGAAGAUUAUGAGUGGGAAACAGUUGGCAUAGUGUAGUAAUUUGCACGAUCUGUUAGGAUAAAAGCAUUUCAUCUAACAGUUGAUAUUUUUAUAAUUAUGCUAAUUUGCAGAUGAAUACACAUAUUUUCUUAAAUCUGUCGAAAAUCUUAAAUCAGAAUAUAAACGAAAUAAUCUUAAGCUAUAGAAUGCAAAGAACAUCUCUAUGCAGCAGAAUAAAAUACUUUUUCCUCCUGGAUUGAGCAAACUUUACACUGUACGGCAAGCUAUUAAUGUGCGAUUGCAAACGCGAGUGUGUAAUGGUAUGCGUGGAUAUUAUUGUUCGUAUGAGAGUGUGCGUGCGGAUCUGUACGGCGUGUACCACAGCCUUUAGCUAUACUUUCGGCAUUUUAUAGACAAAUACUGGAGCUUUUCGAGGAGACUGUAGAAAGUGUAGCUAAAAUGGACGGAUUUGACGUUCAAUGUGCUGUGUCGUGUCGUUGGCUAUUUUGUAAAUUCUAUUAGAGCGCGACUGCGUUAUCCGGACAUUGGUGUCUACUUAUUAGAGAUCGUUAUUAAUUGUAGCUAACGGUAAAACGUGGUUACGCGCUCUUAUAUGUUUGCAAGAGACAAUAAAAAUUAAUAUUAUGUAUGCA